UGACAUUGAUGCUAACCUUUUUAUACCGCAGACGAUAAUCUCUCCCCCACCUCUAUCCAGAAGAAUUAAUAGUGGCGAUUUCUCUUCCCCUUCAUUUACCAAAAACUCUGAAAAGUUCAAUGGCGAACGCUCUUGCAUUCUCUUUCUCAGCCCCAAUCCGGGCCUCAUCCGAAUCACUUAAAAGGCCCGACCCGAGUCGUAAGAAUCCAGUUUCUUCAUCCUCAUGGUGGACCCCAAUCUUCGGGUGGUCAUCCAACCCCGAUUACCUCAACGAUAGCAAUGCCGGAAACACAUCGGAGACGAAGCCGAGAUGCAGAUACACACUGGGGAGCUUCACGGAGGAGAAAGCGAGACAACUCCGAAAGAAGACGAUGGAGAACUCGUCGUUUCACGAUAUGAUGUACCACUCGGCAAUCGCGUCUCGACUGGCGUCGGAUAUCUCCGGGAAGUGAUUGAAGGGUAGUAAGGGUAAAAAUAAUUUGUCGAAAUGAAAAUGUAUCCUUCACCGUCGUUAUUGUUCGUUGGGAUUUUGGGCAAUGUUUGCGUUAAGGACAGACAUUGUACUUUAAUUUUGAUUUUAGAACGUUGAUGAACGGUGAUGCAUUAUCUUUUCUUUCUUUCUUUUUUGGGUACAAAUGCCUUCUCUUUUCUGACUUUGAUCUUUUGAAAUUCUGACGUUGUUAUACUUUUUUACCGACGUGGAAGGCAGUUUUCUUUUAAUAA